GUUGGCUCAGUCUCGUGUGUGCAGCUCGUCCGGUUGGUUCGGCCAUGUGACGCUCCGGCGCGAUCAACGGGGCCCAAUCUGUGCACUCAUUUAACACACCGAAACAAACUAUCCAUCAUCUGUAUUCGUACCUGUGCGCGAAACCCACACACACACAUACACACACACACCCGUGCCCCCGCAAAAACACACAAGCCGCUGGUUAUGUUGGGGCAUUGGGCGUUGACGCUGGGGCUGCUGCUCGCAUCGCUAUCGGCCACAGCUCUGGCCGUUAGCUGCUACGAAUGCGAUUCCGUCAACGAUUCGAAUUGUGGCGAUAAUUUCCAGCCAGAUGACAUUGCCAAAACAGACUGCGAUUCCAUGGAGCUGCCGGAACAUUUGAGUGCUUUCUAUUUACAAAGACCCGAAACGGCGUGCCUGACCAAAUACUAUAGUGACGCACCUGGUGAAACACUGUUUGUGCGUCGUUCCUGCAUUUUUGGCGAUUUAUCUGUAUGCGACGAGAAGCCGGAUCCGGUGAUGCCGCACCUCAGCUUCCUGGGCUGUGUGUUCUGCCAUAAGGAUUAUUGUAAUCUGAGCUCACGUUGCGUACACGCCCACAAUUUAGUGCUGGCAGCUAUGCUGGCACUAAUAUACAUAUUUAACCUGUAAUUGCGAAUCUCAGAGCAAAUUCUUAAAAUUA